GUUUGAAACCGUUAUGUGUAGCGAAAAGAAAUAAAAGAAAAUAAGUAGAUUAGAAUUAUACAGAAAAAUAUGCCAAGCGAAAUAAUAACUCUACAAUUAGGCCAAUGUGGCAACCAAAUUGGUUUUGAAUUCUGGAAGAGAUUGUGCCUGGAGCAUGGCAUUUCCCCAGAUGGCCUUUUGGAAGACUUUGCCCUAGAUGGUCAAGAUCGUAAAGAUGUCUUUUUUUAUCAAGCCGAUGAUAAUCAUUAUAUACCCAGAGCUGUUCUCUUGGAUCUGGAGCCUAGAGUAAUUCACAAUAUAAUGACAUCGCCAUAUGCCAAGCUUUACAAUCAGGAAAAUGUUUAUUUAUCUAAGCAUGGUGGCGGCGCUGGCAAUAAUUGGGCCUCUGGCUUCAGUCAAGGUGAACGUGUCCAAGAAGAGAUCUUUGAUAUUGUCGAUCGCGAAGCCGAGGGUAGUGAUUCCCUUGAGGGUUUUGUUUUGUGUCAUUCCAUAGCUGGUGGUACCGGGUCUGGCAUGGGUUCCUAUGUCCUCGAACGUUUAGCCGAUCGUUUUCCCAAGAAGUUAAUACAGACCUACAGCGUGUUUCCCAAUCAUGAUGAGAUAAGUGAUGUAGUAGUUCAACCAUAUAAUUCAAUAUUGACUCUGAAGAGAUUAAUCAAAUGUGCUGAUUCUGUUGUGGUCCUUGAUAAUACGGCUCUAAAUCGGAUUGCCACCGAAAGACUUCAUAUCCAAACACCCACAUUUACACAAAUCAAUAGUUUGGUAUCGACCAUCAUGAGUGUGAGCACUACGACUCUGCGUUAUCCUUCGUAUAUGAAUAAUAAUUUGAUUGGUUUGACGGCACCGUUGAUACCAACACCUCAGUUGCAUUUCCUUAUGACAGGAUAUACUCCGCUUCUUACAGAUCUCGAGACAAAAACCAAUGUGCGGAAAACGACAGUUUUGGAUGUCAUGCGUCGUUUGUUACAACCCAAAAAUAUGAUGGUUUCCACUACAGACAAACAGAAUCGUCAUUGUUAUAUAUCAAUUUUAAAUAUCAUUCAAGGCGAAGUUGAUCCCACUCAAGUGCACAAGUCUCUACAACGCAUACGUGAACGUAAAUUGGCCCAGUUUAUACCCUGGGGACCGGCCAGCAUACAAGUGGCUCUAUCACGCAGUUCUCCUUAUGUGCAGACAGCUCACAAGGUCUCUGGUUUAAUGAUGGCCAAUCACACGGGCAUAAGUUCUCUCUUUAAUCGAGCAUUGGCUCAAUACGAUAAGCUAAGGAAACGUAAUGCUUUCCUAGAUCAAUUUCGUCGUCAUGAAAUGUUUAAGGAUGAUUUAUCUGAAUUGGAUUUAGCUAGGGAUACGGUGGAUUAUCUGGUCCAAGAAUAUGAAGCUGCCACUCAAAUAAAUUACCGUCAAUGGAGUCCCCAAGUGAAUACAGCUAAAGUUUUGGGAGCUUAGUUCAAUCAAUAAUUCAGAAACAUAAUUUAUUUAAAGUGAUAACAUUGUAAAAACUUAAAUUUUUAAGAUAUAAGUUUUAUUAAAAAAAAACUGCAAACAAAA